UGCAAGUAUACAAUUUUUGUUCUAAUAUUCAAGUAGUUAGUACUAUGCUAAAGAACGGAUCGUUGUAUCCUUACACUCGUGAAAGCGAGUGUCCAACCUUUUGGUUUCCCGGGGCCACAUUGGAAGAAGGAGAAUUGUUUUGGGCCACACAUAAAAUACACAGACACUAAUGACAGCUGAUGAGCAAAAAACGGGUCAACUGCAUAAUUUAUGUGAUAUCCAUCACCACAGAUAAGCAAAAAAGCCCUCACAUAAUAAUCUUAAUUAUUCGGCGCCCCAUUCGGAGAGUCUUGUAAAAUCAUUGAGCAGGUCCCAAGUUUGCGAUCACUAAUAUAGACAAUGUACAUAUCUAAGUAAUAAAACUUCAUUAAUUUUUUAUAUUUGUUAUUAUAAAAGUAAAAAAAGAGGGCAAGAUAAAACUAGUAGGAUAGUUGACAUUGUAUUUGAGAAACUAAUGCAUCAAUCUGCAAUCGAGUUACAAAACAAAGAUUGCAAAAAAUCUUAGAAUGUUUUAAGUAAGUUUACGAUUUUGUGUUGGGCCGCAUUCAUAGCCGUCCUGGGUCGCAUACGGCCCGCGGGCCGCGGGUUGGACAAGCCUGCUUUAAUGUUAUUAAGAAUAAAGCUAUUUUUAUGUAUAAGUGUAUAUAGAUAUGAUAUACGAUAGUAAACAGUGACUGUACAAAUUUCAAAACUUCGGUUUAUUCUAGAAGGGACAAUGAGAGCGUACGUGUUGAGCACCGAAUGUUUAAUUAUGGCAUUGGAUACUUUUGCAUCGGUCGCAAUUUAUAUUGAACAUAAAAUCGAACAGCUAAUCAAAUUGUUUAAUACGUUUCUUGUCAAGAAAUGCAACAUCGAUGUCCUUCUGAAAAUUUUUACGUAUAUCGUUUUUGAUUGUAUUUAUAUUGUAAAAUAUAGUGCAUGGCUCCUACUCUCCAAUAAUAUCAAGUAUAUCUUCGAUAGAAUGCGACAUGACUGGAAUAUAUUAAAAGAUCAGACAGAAUGUGAAAUAUUAAGAGAGUAUGCAGAUAACGCAAGAUUACAUACAAUCUUCUUUCUGUGUAAGAUUCUGUUAUUGGCUACUCUUUGCUUUUUGGGACUGUUAACAUUGGGCUGUGUGCCCCGUAUACUCGAUAUAAUCAUGCCACUAAAUGAAUCCCGGCCACGACAGUUACCAAUUAUAGUAGAAUAUUUUAUUGAUGAAGAAACGUACUUCUAUGCUAUUUUGAUACAUAUUGCCACAGCCAUCUAUGCUGGCUCCGUAACGUUAGCGGCUUGUGCAACAAUGCUCAUAUCCUAUAUCCUGCAUGUUUGCGCCAUGUUUAAAAUUGCUAGUUAUCGAAUCAAACACAUAUGUGACAAAGACGUAUUAAACAUGCCAAAAGAUAUUAAGCAAUAUAUACUAUAUGAGAGAUUAAUUCAUGCAAUAUACGUUCAUCGGCGAGCUAUGGAUAUAUAUAUAUUUUGCUGUUCAAGUCUGUGCAGAAUUUUGACGAAUAGUUUUACGAUAUUCUAUUUCGUAUUGUUAGGAUUUGGAAUGCUUUCAAUGAGUCUUAGUUUCUUUCACUUACUUCACGUGAUAAUUUCUCUGAAUGAUCCAGUAGAUCUGUUAAUGUUCCUGUGUAUCGUAUUUAUACAUUUAUAUUACAUAUUUAUGACAAACUAUUUUGGGCAAAAUGUUACUGAUACCAGUAUUAAUGUCUCUGAAACGACAUAUAAUACGCCAUGGUACGCACUGCCAUUAUGGAUGCAAAAACUCAUAUGCAUCAUGAUGCAAAGAAGCAAUAAGAAGACUAGCUUAACAGUUGGGGGCUUAUUUGAAGCGUCGUUAGAAGGUUUUGCUACGGUACGAAACACGAUGCUGCGCAAAAAUUGUAUUCUGAUGCGCAUCAUAAAAAAAAUAUUAAUUGCAGCUCAUGAGUAUGUGCACGUCUUACGUUAUGGUGCUACAUUCCACACAAUAGAAACCACAGGAAGGAUUGUAAUGUUUAUAAAACUUGUCUUGUAGAUUUAAAAUAUAAUAAAUUUAAUAAAUUGAAAAUCAUUUAGAGAAAGUAGAUAGGUUCUCUUUCUUUAUAUAUAUAUUAAAUGAGUUUGUGAUCAGGAACUUUUUGAAUUUGGAUUUACGUCGAUCACAUGGCAUCAAAGAUUUAUCUCCAUGCAGUAGAAAAAAAGAUGUAUUUUCUGAUUUCUUUUUUAGUAAUGUGCAGAGAGUAAAAUAAAUUGGUGUAAUGCUAUAAGCAUAAAAUGUUAUAAGAAUAAUAAACACAAUAUCUGUGUCUUGUUUUCUUAUAACUGGAUGCAGUAAAUCUUGUGUAAUUUGGUAAUUCGUAUUCCUCGUAUGUACAUAUUUGUACAAAUACAUAUAUGUCUGUUUGUU